CGUAAGUAAAUCGUCUCAGUUGGCCUCUCCGUAUCCGACCGAAACAAAUGCUAGGCUAACUACCACACACAAUGACUAGUUCCACCUUUUUUUAAUCAUACCGAAGUUUUUUUCGCACCUGACAGAGUGUCGCGAUCGGAAAAAGUGAUUUUGUUUGGAGUAGUAACGAGAAAGUAUUUGGGAAAAAUGAUCCUCGCGCGGUGGUGCGGUAAACAGCUUUUUCUGUUCGGAUAGCGGGUGUUUUUUGUUCGUUAGUGUAGAUUUUUAGUUCAGGCGUGUCGUGUGGUGAAUAAAAAUUUGUGUUACAAAAAUUAUGUUUGAAAAAAAUUAGUGAUGUGUAGUGCCCUUGUUGGAUUAACCUUUGAUUGUCGUUUCGUUGGAGGUGUCUGUUUCGUUAUAUGUGUUCAAUUGACAAAAAGCCCGUCGUUCAAAAAUGGUGUCCGAAGAAAUAUGUACUUUCACCCCAAAUAUAUUAGAUGAUCCAACACACCAUAAAAAGGACAAAGUUCGGUUAUCAAAUGGGAUUAGUAAAAUGUCAAAUAACAAAACGCGAGCGGAUCACGCUGGCUCUGAUCCGGAUAAUAUAUCAGAUCAUGAUAAGGAACAAGAUACCGAACAAUUUAUAGAAAAACUCUUGAAAGAAAUGUGCGAAAGUGCGAUGAACAUUUCGGAAAGUGGAACCGUGAUGAUCCGCGAAAAGAAAUUAUCGGAAGAUGACAAGUACUUGAGAACUACCAAUAGAAGAGUAUCUGUUUUAGAUGUUACAGUGAACGAGUGUAGAAACAAUUACGUGAAUCUGCACCGUAGAGCCGUUAGCGAGUGCACAUUGCGUGAGUCCGAACUUGACGAAAACGACAACAGAGCCUUUAAGCAACCUUUACCAGUUACCACUUCAGAAGAUAAGAAAAUCAAAGACAAAGACAAAAAGAAGAAGAAAUUAUCGUUCGCCGCCAUCUUCGGAAAGAAAGACAAGCUCAAGAGCAAGGAGAGCAGAGAGGAGGAAGAGACGCACGAUAACCUGGCCCAGCUUCCAGUCUUUCGCUCCAACACCUUGGAAAAGAGCAAGAAGUUUGCUUCUGCUCUCGAACUCAAUCACAAGGGGCCCCACUUACGAACUCCAUCCUUCAUCAGACGUAUCGUUCACAACAUCGGCGAGGACUCUUCAAAUUUUCUGAAGCGAUCAUUCAGUUUCCGUGAAGUGAACAAGAAGACGGAGAGAGAGGAACCCAGUCGAGAGAAGCUGGUCCAGAAGAUGAAUCAGGAAUGGAGACAGUCCUUGCAGUCUUUGGUAGAGACCGACAUUAGCGUCAGCUAUAACGAUCUCAGUUUUAUUAACUAUGACGCUAUGAAUGAUAUAAAUUAUAAGCCGGUCAACCUAAGGGCUGGUACCAAAAAGGACAGUGGAGGAUUUAUUGGGAGGACGCAGAGUAUGAUUGAAAAAAGAUCUCCGAACUUGAGAAGGCCAGCUUUACAACGACUAACUUCUGCUAAUGACCGUCUCAGCACAAGCAGUUUACCCACUCCAUCUCCAGCUGUUUCUCUGCCCUCUUUGCAUCACCUAAAUCAGGAUAACGCUGAAAGGAUCUCCGAUGACUACGCGUCAGUUCCAAGAUA